AUGUUUAAUACAGCUACAUUUACAACAAAGUCUUUGGAGAAACCUCAAAUUAGUUUUAAAACAGGUCGACCUAAAUUAAAAGUAAUAUCUUAUCAUCAUGAAGAAGAAGUAGGGAAUUUUCAUUUUGGAGAGGGCCACCCAAUGAAGCCACAUCGGCUUACUUUAACAAACCAUCUUAUUCUUGGUUAUGGUUUACAUAAAUAUAUGGACAUUUAUCGUCCUCGAAGAGCUACAGAUGAAGAAUUAGAACAAUUUCAUUCUUCUGAAUAUAUUGACUUUUUGAAACGAGUAACACCAGAAAAUGCGUCAUCUUUUUCUGAUGUUUCUAUGAAAUUUAAUAUGGGCCAAGAUUGUCCUAUUUUUGAUGGUGUUUAUGAUUUUUGUAGUAUUUAUGCAGGUGCAAGUUUAGAUGCUGCACGGAAAUUAAGUCAGAACCAAACAGAUAUUGCAAUCAAUUGGAGUGGAGGUUUACAUCAUGCAAAAAAAUUCGAAGCCAGUGGAUUUUGUUAUGUAAAUGACAUUGUUUUAGCAAUUUUAUCCCUAUUAAGAUAUCAUCCUCGAGUGCUAUAUAUUGAUAUUGAUAUUCAUCAUGGAGAUGGAGUACAGGAGGCGUUUUAUUUAACUGACAGAGUCAUGACAGUAUCUUUUCACAAAUAUAACGCAAAUGUUGUGUCACCGGAUAAAAGUUUUUUUCCAGGGACUGGAUAUUACAAUGAAAUAGGUUCAGGAAAAGGAAAGUACCAUUCACUUAAUAUUCCGUUAAAAGAUGGGAUUGAUGAUCAAAGCUAUAUAAUGCUUUUUCGAGCAAUAUUAGAGCCUGUAAUAAAUUCAUAUAGACCAACAGCGGUCGUUUUACAGUGUGGAGCAGACUCCUUGGGUUGCGAUCGCUUAGGGCAGUUUAAUUUAAGUAUCAAAGGCCAUGGUGAAUGCGUAAAAUUCAUUAAAUCAUUCGGGCUGCCUUUACUUGUAUUGGGAGGUGGAGGAUAUACUGUACGAAAUGUUGCACGAUGCUGGGCUUACGAAACAGGAAUAUGUUUGGAUGCAGAGCUUCCAGACACUUUACCAUCUGAAACACCAUAUAUUGAUUAUUUUGCUCCAGAUUAUACACUUCAUCCUAAAAUCACUAGUCGUGUAGAGAACAAAAAUAACCGCAAAUAUCUAGAAAAUUUACGUAUGCAUGUUGUCGAACAACUUCGUUAUCUCAAUGGUGCGCCUUCAGUCAUGAUGCAGGAAAUUCCUAAUCCAUUACUAACCGAAGACGGCGAUAAUAUUGAUACUAACCAUUAA